AUGAAUAGCGUGGUUAGAGGGCUCCGCUCUUUUAUCGUGGGGUCGUGCAGAAAUAGCUGCUUCAUAGACAAGAGAACGGACAGGCUCCUCCACACCAUUGCUGAACCGCGGACACUAAGGCUCAACGGGCACCACCCCCGCAUCAAGUAUCCAAAGCUAGAGUCGUGCAGGCGUGUAGGAGUGAGCCUUAAGAACCCAAAAUCUGAGAAAGGGUUAGGGUGGAUUGCGAUGGCCAGCCGUCUGAGCGUGGACGGUGCCAUUAGGGCCAUCUCAUUGAACCCAUACGUGCUAGCGCUCGGAGCGUGGGAACUGCUUCUUUGCGCUCUUCCGAGAGUGUGCCAAAAGUGA